CUUGCAGACCGGUCACCACCACCACCAUUCCUGUCGCAGUGUAUAUAUCUGCACCUUCAAGCCCACUCCAUUCUCUUCGGUUUCUUCAGUUGUGCAGCAAUUUCCUUCUAUCCAUUGGUUUUCGUUGCAUUUCCUUUUGUUGUCAACGUAGACCCUGGCGGUCGCUAUACUUUUUAUUGUCCUUUGUUUUCUCCCUCUAAGCAAGCCACCCUCUCCACUCUUGCCUCCCAUAGACCUUUUGGCUUCGAUUUUUUUUUUUUUUUCCAUAUUUAUCUUGAAGAAGAGCAUUGGAUUGACUAGCAUCCGGAAUGCGUCCAGUCUUGUUUCUCACUAGCUGCAUGGCAGCUUGCUGCGCCGCUGCGCCCAUCUUCGACAGUCUCUAUGAUUUCUCAGAAGAUAUGGCAGAGUUUCUAGGCAGAGUAAGCCGGGGUAUUAGCAAAGUUGAGGACCUCUUUGAUUCAUCGUUGAGCUGCAACCCAUCCUCUAUCGCUCUGCCAUCCUUUGCGUCUGGCCUGCCAGCCCCAACAGGUCAAACCCCAUUAUACGUUGCAGUCGGCCGCGGCACACAGAACUACACCUGUGCAACCUCAACCAAGGACUCCAAGCCGGAAGCCAACGGUGCAGUUGCACGUCUCUACAACGCGACCUGCAUCGCAGCAAACUUCCCCGACUUGAUAGAGCUCCUCCCAGCAAUUGCAUACAAAGUCACCUUGCCAAGCAACGAGUAUGAUCCGCUCCCACCCGCAAACCUUGGCCUCAUAGGUCACCAUUUCUUCCAAGGAUCAACGCCUGUGUUCAAUCUCGAUACCACCCCAUCAAGCCAGCUUGGACUCGCUAUUUCUAAGAAAGUGGCAGCCCUCGAUGCGCCCUCGAACGCGAUUAAGGGUAGCAACGGAGCUGUGGCUUGGCUGUAUCUCAGUGCCAUAAACGGUACUGUUGGGGCGUACAAGAGUGUCUACCGCGUCGACACCGCAGGAGGAAACUCACCGGAAACAUGUGAAGGCAUGCCAUCGGCUUUCACCGUUCAGUAUGCUGCGAAUUACUUUUUCUAUGAGAGUUAAAUCCCGGCGUUUAAAUUGGCGGCUUUUUUUGUUUUGGUUUGUUUUGUUCUUUCAUUCUAGCCUUGUACAUACCUAAUAAAUCGGGGAACUCUACAACUUUUCUGGGAUAAUUAACAUAAAUACGAGGUAAAUCGCAUAGAAG